AUGAUUAAAAAUUAUUUUAAUCAUACAAAAAUUCUUUUAGAAAUUUUAGAAUCAGAAAUUAAUGAAGAGAUAAAAGUAAAUACUAAGAAUUCAUUUACAACUACUAAUAAACUAAGUGAUAUUCAACUUCAAGUAUCUAAGAAAGUUGAUGAAUUUUUAGAACAAAAUAUGACCGAUAUGCUUUCUACUGAUCAAGAAAUUAUAGAUUUAGCAAGUGAAGAAGUUAUAAACCAGGAAUCUGUGGAUUCUAAUAAUGAAGAGCAUGAAGUUAAAAAAAAAGAA